UUGUGGUCUCAAGGCAAAAGGAGUUGGUGGCAUACUUCACUCAGCAGGUGAAUGAUGCUUUCACAAAUAAUCCUCAUCACAUUGGAUGCUAUCAGACCACCAAUCAAUGCCCAAAUUGAUAAAUGCUUGAAGCCACGGAGGUUGGAGUUGGUUCACUGGAACAUCAAGAACAUUAGAAACCCUUUUGAAUUAUCUACAUAUUUUCAAGUUUUGGCACUGCAACGUUGCUCAUAUUUCAGCCCAGAAAUUAGAGUUGAACCUAUGGCAUUGCAACGCUGGGAUGAAGCGUUGCAAUGCUGCUUAUCCCAGCCAAGAAAGCGCGCACGUGACCCGACCGAUGGUUCAAGUGAACUGGUUCAGCCGGUUCGGGUCUGGGAGGUUUGGUUCAACCUAUUUUGAAUCUAUGGAGGUCUGGUUCGGGGGGUUCGGGUUGGUUCGUGAGGCUCAGAAGCAGUUUGGAGCUGUUUUCAAUUAUUAUUGCAAUAAUUUAGGUUGUUUGCAUGCUUAAAAUGCCAAAACUGGUCCAUAUCAGUGUGUGUUUAAUUAUUUAUGCAUUAUGAAUGUAUGUUAUAAUUAAAUAAAUCUUGUAUGUGCUUACAGUAUGCCAUGUAGAUUUAA